AUGGCCCCUCCCAAGUUUAUGGGCCUUUCAGGCCGGCCCCUCUCGUUGACAAUCUCAACUGUCGCGACGACGGGCUUCCUCCUGUUCGGAUAUGACCAAGGUGUCAUGAGCGGUAUCAUUACCGCACCCGCCUUCAAUGACAUCUUCACAGCGACCAAGGACAACCCGACGAUGCAAGGGUUGGUUACUGCCAUCUACGAAAUCGGGUGUUUGGCUGGAGCGAUGUUCAUUCUCGGUGUUGGUGAUAUCCUUGGCCGGCGUAAGGCCAUGAUCCUGGGCGCCUUCAUCAUGUUGUUGGGCGUGAUCAUUCAAGUCACCGCCCAGUACGGUGCGACGCCCCUUGCGCAGAUGAUCGUGGGGCGAGUUGUCAUGGGUGCCGGAAACGGCAUCAACACCUCGACCAUUCCCACUUACCAAGCCGAAUGCAGCAAAACGUCCAACAGAGGACUGCUCAUCUGUAUUGAAGGUGGUACCAUUGCCUUUGGUACGCUGAUUGCCUACUGGAUCGACUACGGUGCUUCGUAUGGGCCGCCGGACCUGGUGUGGCGGUUCCCCAUUGCAUUCCAAAUCGUCUUCGCCAUCUUCAUUAUCGUGCCCAUGGUCUUCCUGCCGGAGUCACCCAGAUGGCUUCUGAGCCACCAGCGCACGGAAGAGGCUGACACGGUCAUCGCGGCCAUCCGUGGCUACGAGCCGGGCAGCGAGGAAACUAUCCUCGAGCGUGAUUUAAUCAUGGACUCCCUCCGCGCUGCUGGCAACUUGGGCCAGAAGAGCACCCCGGUCAAGGCGCUCUUUACGGGCGGCAAGACGCAGCACUUGCGCCGCAUGCUGCUCGGUUCCAGCUCUCAGUUCAUGCAGCAGAUUGGCGGUUGCAACGCUGUGAUCUACUACUUCCCCAUUCUCUUCGAGGAGUCCAUCCUUCACGGCAACCAUAACCUGGCUCUCCUGUUGGGCGGUGUUAACAUGAUCGUGUACUCUAUCUUCGCCACGACCUCGUGGUUCGUCAUUGAGCGAGUCGGCCGCCGGCGUCUGUUCCUGAUCGGCUCGAUCGGCCAGUGCCUCAGCAUGGUCAUCACGUUCGCCUGCCUGAUCCCCAACGACAGCAUGACAGCCCGCGGUGCUGCGGUUGGUCUGUUCACCUACAUCGCCUUCUUCGGUGCCACCUGGCUGCCGUUGCCAUGGCUCUACCCGGCCGAGGUCAACCCUGUCAAGACCCGCGCCAAGGCCAACGCCGUCAGCACCUGCGUCAACUGGCUCUUCAACUUCCUCAUCGUCAUGGUCACCCCCAUCAUGGUGCGCAACAUCGGCUGGGGUACCUACCUCUUCUUCGCCGCGGUCAACGCCUGCUUCAUCCCCGUCAUCUACUUCUUCUACCCGGAGACGGCCCGCCGCUCGCUCGAGGAGAUCGACAUCAUCUUCGCCAAGGGCCACGUCGAGAACAUAUCGUACGUGCAAGCCGCCAAGGAGCUGCCGUCGCUGCAGCCCACCGAGAUCCAGGAGUAUGCCAAGCACUACGGCCUUGUCGACGUCACCUCCACCGAGGGCGGCGCUCGCGACGAGGCCCGCGAUGCUGAGGAGAAGCCUGGUAUCAGCGGCAACUCGUCGAACAACAGCAGCGACGACGUCAUUGUCAACGAGCAUGGCGCCGAUGCUGGUCUCGGUGACGGCGUGAAUGCGUCGGGCCGUGCGGAUCGGGAUUAA